ACUGCGAGCUCUGCCAGUUCUGACCUCGGUUCGACCAAAAGGAUCUCGCUUCGUAUUGUGCAACUACCUCGCUCAAUCGUGCCCUUCAUUAAGACAAGGUUUGGCCAGGCGGAGUCUGACGGACUCAUGGUACCUGCGGCGAAGCCUGGCGUGUCCCUUCGGCUCGAUCUUGUCGGAGAAGCCAUGGCCUUAUUCGCAGACACACAGUACUUGUCCUCGAGUCUAAAACCUCUCAUGCGAAUCCUUUCGUCGUCCUGUCUCCCCUCGAGCAUAGACAACCGGGUUUACUCAACAGCUGCAGGGUGAACGUACGAUGCCAGACGAAUGUCGAUCACCGCCCGGACGACUCGGACCUACGACCUACAACCGCUUAGUAGGCCGUUAUCUGCGCGACGACAACAAGCACAUUUGGCUGCCGCUCUGCGUAGCAGGCUCGUUCUUAGCGGUUUCUUCGCUGAGCCCGCUCGUCGCGCGUCGUAUCCCGCGGUUUGCCACAUCCACAUUCGCUCAAGCCAAAUGGAGCGUCAAAGAAAAUGUCGUCGGCUCUCUUGAGGACAGUGCUUUAGUCGGGCUGCUGGCAUACGCAGCUGCGCGUCAGCAACAGCAUACGAGAGCGGUGCAGACGGACGAGGCAUUCCGAAUCAUAACGCGAGCCCAAGUGCUUAUUGCACAUGGUUAUAAAUACCCAGUCAUUUUGAGUGUAUUCACUCGGGGCGCAAGGGAAAGCACAGGCUCAGCAGGAUCAUGCGGCGCAGAAGAGCAUGUCGGCUUCGGGGAGAGGAUCGGCACUGCGGCGGCGACCUUAUGGACGUCCUCAAUCACCAUGGAACUUAUGCGUGCGAGCUUGGAGGACAGCUUGCGUCGGCGCAAUGUUUCACAGUGCGACAUCGACAGGACAACCGUCGCUUUUGGAGGGGCAGCGGAGCUCGUCAAACAGUCGUACUUCAUGUGGACGGGCGCUUUUGCUACCUUCGUGGUCUUUGUCUGCCAGCCGUUGCUCUUCAAGCCGCCGCUGGCGAUGUGGUCUUCAGCGGCGUGGAUGGGCGUGAGUGUAGUCCUUCUGAUCCACUUCCAGCAGUUGACACUGCCUAUGCACAUUCAAAACAAACGCGCGGUGGCUGCGGUCCUGAGGGAAAGAUUCCCGGGAUUGUUGGAGGACGAUGGGCCGAUUAGGCUUGCUGACCUCCGAUGAGCUUUCACUAGCACGCUGUCGGGCUGUAUCAUCAUGCUGUCUG